AUGCAAAAACUGAUCCUUACUUCUGUGUUUGGGGAUCAAAGCAUUGAGGUGCCAAGUGAUUUUGAGGGGAAUAGUAUGAUGAAAAGGAGGAUGCCUAGUAUAAAAAAAGUUGUAGUUCUAGAUGAUGUGAAUGAUCCAAAGUUGUUAGCAGAACCAAGUUGGUUUAGGCCAGGAAGUGGAAUCAUCAUUACAUUAAGAGAUAAGCAAAGUCCAUCUCAAGGUUAUGAAGAGCUAUCUAAAGAGGUUUUGCGCUAUGCUGCUGGUCUUCCUUUAACCAUCAAAACUUUAAGUUCAUCCAUCCGUGCUCCUUCCACAGUUGUAUGGGAAGAUGCCAUUAAAAGACUAGAAACAAUUCCAUGGGGUGAUACCUUGAAAAUAUUGAAAAUAAGUUAUGAUGCUCUAGAGGAGGAUCAGAAAGACAUAUUCCUACAUAAAUCCUUGAUAAUUUUCCGUGAUGAUCAUUAUGAUGAUGAUGAUAAGGUGUUGGACAUGCAUGAUCAUAUAGAAGAAACGGGAAUGCAUAUUCUUCGUAGGUUGGAUCCUGAUGAGCCAGAGCGACAUAAGUUACUAUGGAUUAAAGAUGAAAUUGAACAUAUAGUAAAAGAUUACAUGGUUCUUCCCAAACUCAGGCUCCUUGACUUUAGUCGUUCUGAACUAGAAACCUUUGAUUCAGCUGGGAUGACUACAAAUAUUGAAGAACUAGUUCUUCGUGGAUGUGAAAAGUUGGUGGAAGUCAACAUUUCUGAUGAAUAA